UUGCGUAGUCGGCAGUCGCGUCCGCGCGGUCGUGGCGGUUCGUCGAGCGGAAUUCAUAGCAAGUUCCAUUUGACGAUUGCGUCGAGGUCGAAUGAGUAGCGUUAUUCCGCCUCGUCCCGUCUUUGUUACUCACCGAGGCCCGUGUCACUACGAGCGAUAAAUGGAACGUAUUGCUUACGUUAGGUUCUGUGUAUUGUGCAGGUUGCUGGAGAACUCGCAAUCAAAUUUCGUAUUGGAUAAUGUUUAUUUUGUAUAAUAAUUCAUAAAGCGUAAUAGAUUCCCUUCCUCUACUGUCGAUACGUUAACAUACGUUUCUAACGUAACAAUGGCAUUAAUCGCUCGUUUUAACAUAACGAGAUUUGGAUGUAAUAACUUUGCCAGACAAUUAUGUAAGGUAAAGACCACUACUCACAAUGUGACGCAAUUAGCCUUGAUCUCUCAAAAAGCAAAACGGAUUCAUAAACGGCGACUGCCGCCAUUUGACUACUUGAACAAGGGCUAUGGAGUGUGGGCGCAAUUGUUUGAUCCGAUGAUCGAUCGCUGUGACGAGAAUUCCAAAGUAAUCGUCGUCGAGGGCCCGAUCGCCGCGGGCAAGUCCAAUGUAGCCGCGAAAGUGGCAGAGGAAUUUGAUAUGAUUUAUUUACCACCGCCAAACUUUGAUGAACAUUACAUAACUCCAUACGGAUACGAUAUACGUACUUUAGAUGACAGACUACCACCAAAUUGUCAGUCGUGUGACGUGCAGAAAUUUCUGAUGAAUCCGCAUCAUCCGAAUGUGACUAUGUUCCAGUUUCAUUAUUUGCAAUUCAAAUAUGAUCAGUACAUAACUGCUUUGUUGCACGUGUUGUCAACUGGCCAAGGAGUGGUGCUCGAACGUUCUUUCUACUCUGAUUACAUAUUUGCCAAGGCGAUGACAAAUGCCGGUUAUAUGCGUCCACAAGCGUUGACAUUUUAUCUCGACAUUUUGAGACUCAUGAAGAUGGAGAUGAUGAGGCCUCACUUGAUCAUUUACUUGGAUAUACCCACUGACGCAGUCAAGGAAAAAAUUAAGAAACGCAACGUAUCGUACGAAGUAAAAUCAAAAGUACUCACGUCGAAAUAUCUGCAAGAUAUUGAAAAUAUGUACAAGUUAGACUUUCUGAAGAACAUAGAGAGCCAUUCUCACGUAUUAAUUUACGACUGGACGAACGAGGGUGACGUUUCCACUAUAGUUGAGGAUAUCGAAUUCUUGAACUUUGACUAUCCUAAACACGAUGAAAAAAUGGCAGAUUGGACUUUCAGUUCAAUUCAAGACGUUCGCAAUAAAAGGCUUUUGUACGACGGGAGAGAUGACCUAAUUCGGGAUUAUUAUAGAUUUGAGUUUAAGGUUCCGGAAAUGCAUUACACACCUGACGAAGAUGCGCUACUGGAUGAAGUCUUGUUGACGGUACCUGGAAUGAAAUAUAGGCCAGGAUUUAAUGCUGAUGUGGGAGAUAAAAAUAUUCUGUGGAAGGGAGAGCCAUGUGAAAUGUUUACGUUAAGACCCAAUGGACAGGAUCUAAAAGUGAUUAAAGAAGAAAUGAAGAAACUCAAGUUAAACUGUUCAAUUUCACAGAAUGCAAAGUAAAAAGAUAGCAAAUCUAAAUGAAAAAUAGGGUAUAUAGAUGUUGAUUAUGAAAUAUAAAAUAUCGAUAUCAACUGAGAAA